AUUAUCACACCAUGUUUAAUGUGUCAAUGUGCAGCCAAUAAAAAUAACUCGUCAAUUAGUGUUUCGCACACACACAGUCAACACGGACAUUGUUUUGAUUCGCGUGAUGAUGGAGGCUCCUAACCCCCGAACAGUUCUUCCCACGCUGCUUCCCCAACGAGGAUGCUUGUAAGGGUGUGUUGUCUUCUCUGAUGCGUCCUGCCAUGGCUGGCCUCACACAAGGGACGCUAGCUGUUCUGCUGCUCUCGUCAGUUCAUGGAAAAGGCUUCUGGGUGACUGAGAAAGACAUCGGUGCAGAAGUGCAGGUGUCUGAGAUGAACCAGACGCUUAACUGGACGUCGUCCGCAUCCUCGUGCCGGAGACGUGGUGGUCACUUGUACGUGGAGACGUCAGACAACACUGUUGAGAGUUUAGCGCGCAGACUGGAGGAAGAUACACUCUAUUGGGUCGGUGGAACGGUUGUCACACAGUCCUGGUAUUGGGAGGGAACACAGGAUCGCCUGUACACUUACCGAGGCUACAUCCCCGCCUCCACCACUGGGGAGAACAGGACCACGCACUAUGAAGACAACCAAGCCUUCACCUGCUUCACGUUCUGUAACACCAACUACAUAGCACUCAAGGAAACUGAAUGUGUUUGUCUGAUAAAUGACCCAACACCUGGGAACAGCAGCACAUCGAGCGUACUCUGUCCGGGCAACAGAGAGGAGAGCUGUGGGGACGCCGGGGGGUACUCUGUGUACAGCGACAAAUUACAACGGCUGGCAAAGUUCCGUAAAGCUAGAAUGAACGACUUCCGGUACGUCUGGGGGGUCCUGGAGAUCAGUACCGGCAGCAACACGGUGGCAACAUCAGACAGUCAGACAGAGAUGUUGAUGGCUUUGUGUAGCACCCCAUCGCACGAUGUUGGUGAUCCCAUCACCACCCGAUCUACGCGUCAGGAAGCCAGAACAACGUGUGAGAACAGACAGGGGUCACUUCUUCAAGUGAAUGGGACAAUUAAUAACCUGCAAACUGGACGUUAUUGGAUAGGACUUCGGCGAAGCUUUUCCUGGGUAUGGAUCACAGGGAAACCGGUGGGAAAGGAUACUACGAACGCUUCACUGCCCUAUCGAUGUCUGUCGGUGAGGAGACGAAGAAACACAGUUCGGAUCGAGAACCAAGACUGCACCAAGCCAUUAAGAUACAUAUGUUUAACAGGAGAGAGCGGGAGUUCCGGGGCUGAGGGGUACGGCUGGGCACUACCGACAGGCGUGGCCGGGGCCGCAGCAGUUCUCAUCAUCAUCGCCGCCACAGCGGGAUGCUGUGCACGUAGGCUGAAACGCAAGGGGGUCGCUAAAGUAAAGCACAAGAAGAAAACAGGAGAUGGGAAACGGCAAGGUGAUGGGAAACGUCCGAAACGAGAGUCUACCGAUGUGGAGUACUCGGAAGUGGGAGAUUCCACCAUGAUGCCCUCAUCCCCGGACUCUUUCGCUACGGAGGAGGGAGAGUACCACAUCCCAUACAAUGCGGCGUUGUGUAUUGGUGGGCGCGUCCAACCCUACAACCAGGGGAUGUACAGCCACACAGGACGACUGGGCGGGGAAGGGGCAAACUACGAUGUUAGUACGAUCAACAGAAUCCCCUCGACACCGCCCAAGGACGAUUAUGAUCACAUUGGAUCACUUGCUGAACAAAGUGAGAAAGACUCACCCGGAUAUGAUACCCCUAGGUCAACGAGAAGGAGUGUGAACGUUGCAGAGGUUAAAGCCUCCAAGGUCAAGGACGAGAAUGAUCAUCAGAGGACGGAAGCAACAUGUCUCCCUAUUCAAGUCAGUUACAGUGAGCGUGAGAACACCACAGGCCUUCAAUACGAUACACCUCGGCGCGGUAGUCCUAUAACUGUUGCCCACAGCGAUGUUGCUGGCGCCGAGAGUCGGGACAGAGGAGUUAAUACCCCUGCUUAUGACGUCCCUAGGAGUGACAGAACUGGGCAUGUCGCACAGUUGUAACCACUGAGAUAAGAUUUGUUUGUUUGUUUGUUUGUUGUUUAACGCCGCACUCAGCAAUAUUCCAGCUAUAUGACGGCGUUUGUUAAGUAAUCGAGUCUGGACAAAACAAUCCAGUGAUUGGCACCA